AUGCUUGCCCGUACGUUACUAAGGCCAUCCUUGCGAGCUUCGCCUACUUACUCCAGAUGGCUUCUGGGAUCUGUCAGCUCUCUAGCUCGUAGAACAAGAGUGGCAAGAGACCUUCUGGAUGAAGAGGUUAGACAAUUUAUGAAACAAAAAGUCAGGCAAGCAGAAGCACCAUUCCCCAAUGCCUAUGGAUCAUCUAAUACACAACAUGAAACUUACUCACCUCCCUUUGGUAGAGGGUCAAUGGGAUCAAUGAGCGUUCCCAACCCUAAUGGUAUUAUCACCCCCCAAGAUCCCAUCUAUGAUAUACUCAGUGAGCCUACUUUGGUUAUUGAAAGACAAUUGGAAGUCAUGAAUGUAGUUCUUGGGUUUGAACAAGCAAAUAAGUAUAAAAUAUUAAAUGCUCAGGGACAACAAGUUGGAUUUAUGGAAGAAGUGGAUUUUGGACUUUUAAAAGUAUUAGGAAGACAGUUCUUCCGUACCCAUCGUCCUUUUGAUAUCAAUGUUUAUAAUAAUUAUGGAGAUUUAGUUCUAGUUAUAAAAAGGCCAUUUUCCUUUAUUAAUUCACAUAUUAAGGCAUUCCUUCCUGGGUUAGACAAUUAUGGUGAAUUGAUGUUUGAAGAAAUUGGUGAAUCAGUUCAGAGUUGGCAUUUAUGGAGAAGACGAUACAAUUUAUUCAAGUUAGAAGAUGAAAAUCAUCAAGAUUUCAAUCAAUUUGGAGCCAUUGAUUCUCCAUUUUUAUCCUUUGAUUUCCCGGUUUACAAUGAUAAUGGUGCUGUUAUUGGUGGUGUGGAUAGAAAUUGGGUGGGGUUAGGUAGAGAAUUAUUCACAGAUACUGGUGUCUAUAUUGUCCGUAUGGAUCCUCUUUCAUUUCACGGAAUGGAAGGUAUUUUUCCUGAUAUUGCUGGACCAAUGACUUUAGAUCAAAGAGCUAUUUUAUUGGGAACUGCAGUAUCCAUUGACUUUGAUUAUUUCUCAAGACAUAGUCGUCCAGGUGGAGGUUUCUUAUCUUUCGGAUCAUAUGAAUAA